UGUCAUUAUCGUGACAAAUCAUGACCACGUAAACGAGCGCGAAACGUUUUAGGCUUUUACAAUAUCCUAUACGUGAAGAAAAACUAGGACAGGAACCCGAGGGCAAAGAACAUCCAUGGCACGCAUAGUAAUGCGGAGUAAAGAAGAGGGGAGUAGAUCAAACAGUGGAUGACGAAGCAAAUCUUACCUCGAGUCCAACAACUUGAGGCGACGAGCAAGAUUUCGGGAGCAGCGCCGUAUUGGACAUCUUCCAGCAUCUCCUAGAACAAGUAAUGCGCCUACGCCUAACCUAAAAGAUUAAUUCAGUGUAAUGUCUUUAGGCGACAUCGGGGAUCGCACGCAUCGAUAACCUAGGAUUCGGGAUCCGACGAAGCAGGAUGGCAACGGGCAAGCGACGGAGCAUCCACACGUCACCCGGAAAUGCAGGGACCAGUCGGAUGAACUUUCGGCCGAGUUUCACUCAGCAGGAGGAUCGCGGGGGUACUAGGCCGACAGCGGCGCCGAGCUCCAUCGGCCUCAUCCUCAUCACCAUGCUGCUACAUAUAUGCAAGAAGUCACUGCUGUUUGACACUCGGCUCAAAGUGGCGAUCUACUGCGGCACGAUCUUCGCGGUCUCGCUGAUCGCGGACUUCAUCGUGAUGCCACGUACUUACUUCUCCAGGUCCGACAAUGCUCUGAAUCAGUACUUUGUCAAGUGGGGCUGGGGCUGGUUGCUGUCUGUAACCGUGCCCUGGGUCGCCUUGACGGCGCACACGCUGGGCUGCGGUCGUAGGCCGAUCCUGCUGCGACACCUGGCACGUGUCCUUCUCGCCACCGUUGCCUGGCUCGCCUGGACGAAACUGUUCAAUUACAUCGAGACCAAUUACGGCAGGUGUCUGGGUACCCGCGACAUUCAGAUGCAAUCGAAGUCGAGGUGCCUGCAAUCGGGUAAAUUCUGGAGCGGUCUCGACAUAUCCGGCCACACGUUCAUCCUGAUCUAUUCCAGUCUGAUCCUCGCCGAGGAAGGUUCCUCCCUGGUGGGAUGGGAGGGCAUUAAGGAUCUGAUAAUGCGCGAGGAACACACGCGAUCCACGCCGUCCGAAACGAGCCGCGGCCCGCUGCGUAAUCUCUCCGAUGGCGAUCUCGAGUUCCUGAAGAAGGCGCAUCGAGCACUCACACCGUAUUUGCGCGGUCUCUUCGUGGUGAUGACGCUGCAGCAACUACUGUGGGACAUUAUGUUGGUGUCGACGAUGCUCUACUAUCAUAUCAUGAUCGAGAAAUUUCUCGGCGGCGUGGCCGCGGUCAUUACGUGGUAUGUCACAUAUAAAUGGUGGUACAAGCUGCCCAAGAUCGGCUUGCCGGCCCCCGGCGAUGGUCUCUUCAAGUACAAUGAGGUAAAAACGAAUCCAGAGCUCAACGCCAGGGCGAGACGUACCACUUUGAACGGUAUGCCGAUCAGAACGAUGCAAGAAACCGCGGAUUCGAAUCCAACAAACAGACAAUCGGAUCUUGACACGUCGAGAGCAUAAGAGAAUGUGUUGUUCUUUGCAUAUGUUUUGAGGGACUCUUGAUACUUCAGUGAUGGUGCAAAGUGGAUUAUCUUUUAUGCAAGAAUUACAAACAUUUGAAAUAAUAUCUGGAUGAUGCUUAUAACGUUAACGAUCAUACAUUACAGUCGUAUGUUUCGCAUAAAAUUUCCAUUUUUCUCUAUUUAAACAAUUGAAAUAUUAUACCGAUGAUGAACACAUAGGAUGCGCACGGUAUAUAUACGAUACUUACGUAAGUAUCCAAACGUUCGAUUCUUCUUUUUAAGGUUUGAGUACAAAGAUUGAAUGUAAUAAGAUAUAAUGUCAUCUAAAAAAUUCUACGUAAUACAAAAGCACCUACACAUAUAUGUAUACAUAUAUUCCUUGCUUUAUUUUUCGAUACGUAAGUACUUAAAUCUUGGAUUUCAUACGACAAAACGUUCACAUGCAUUAAAAUAUCCUCAUUGUUGAAAUGUGAUUCAAUCAAGCUCAUUUAAACGGGACGGGCUUAUAUUAGGUAUUUUUAAGUUGUUAUUUAUAAUUAUAGAAUAAUAUAUUUAAAUGAGAGUAUGUGUCCACUUUAUCGAUGCUUCUGUACGGAUUGUUAAAAAAACACAUGUUAAUUUAAUCUGUUUAGAACCAAAGAGAGAGUUGGUGUCUUUGAUAAUACUCUCUUCUGGAUUUUGUUUUGUAACUUAUAUUUAAUAAAGUCUGUUGUUAACAA